CAACGGCAGCUAUAAGUUGUAAAUAUUCCAACAUCCCCCAGUGUCUGGCUCGAAACUUCACUGGCGAGGACAUUUCAUUUUCAAGACGACGAGGACGAGCUCUGCAACUCACAGUUCCACCCACCCACUUGGACUUAGUGCUGGAAUGCUGCUGCCAUUGUUAUUAUUGUCUUUCCUACGGAGCUUUAAGGACAUCCAGUCAAAUUGAGCAAAACGAAAUUAUAAGUGAAGGAAGAAGAAAAAGAAGAAUAGGUGGUAGUACCAGGACAUAUGAGCGCCAGGACAUGUUUAAUCAAAAUUUAAACCUUUAACGGUCUGGUCGACAAAAAGUGUUUGGAGCGCACCUUCACCCAUACACACAGAGCACAUCCUUAACUACAUCCUUAGUGGAGAGCGCAAGUGUAUUCGUUUGUGUGUUUGUGCGUGUUCGAGUAUCGGAACUUGAUAUUGUCUGCCACCAAGUGGUCAUAUCCCAUCAGACACUGCCGACGAGUCUACGGUUGCACCACACAUUCGUUACCGCAAUACGAAAAAGUUGGCCACCAGAGCUUGUUGCUUCAACCAGUUUCCUUUGCUUGGCUGCGAAUUGGACUUUUUUUUUUUUGCACUUCUUUCUUUGGCAAAGACAUACCAACGAACGACGUGAGGCCAGACCUAAAAGAGUCUCCAUAUUCGGGGUAUUUGAUUUUUGGGGAUUGUAGUCCUUGUCUAUUGCCAAAGCCAGGACACUGACUCACACACUGAGGCGGCCAAAAAACAACAGAAAACCGAAAAACCAACAAAACUACCACAACGACAAAGACGUCGACGGCUAUUUCCUUCUUCUCCUCUACCACCAAAGGAGUGAAUCGGACAUUUUCAAGCGGAAAUUAUUGAAAUUUUGUUUCGGUUUCGUUUUCGUUGCGAACAUCGUCACUCAAGCAAACUCCUUCAGUUUGGAAAACAGCGUUGUUCACCUGUCCGCAGUAAAAGCCCCACGUGUAGCCGUGUGUAUAACGUGCGUGUGUGUGUGUCCGUAGUGAAGUGACGCGUCUACAGGAACCCUGCAAAAAUAGUGCAUACUUUAAAGGGCAAACAAACCUUUAGUUUCCUGUCCUUUAGCUUCUUCCGUUGUUGUGUGAGUGUUCGGCUUUUGUGUGGUCGGUAGUUGUGUUGACAAAUUAUCGGCACAUCCGCUGCAAGUGAAAGUGUGUGUGUGAGACUAACAAAAGUGCGCUGCGCGCCAAUCUAAAAUACGGAAAACAAUAAAAAACAAAACGAAAACAAAAAUUCAUUUGCAGUCCAUUUGUGCAAAGCGUCGCUUAAAUAUUUCAAUUUUAAUUAAUCGAAGGAAACAAGAAAAGAAAAAAAAUUUCCAAACAAAACGAGCAAACUCAUCAAAUUUCUUCACUUUUUGGAUACAAUCGACAACAAAAUAAGGCUAAAGUGGACUUCUGUUCCACUUUGCACUCACAGUGGUGGUAAAUUGAAUUGGUCACCUCCGACCGGCUGUGGAGGAGGUGGUGUUGGCACUGUCGAUAGUGGAGCCUUCAAUAUGUAUGAAAAUUCAUGUUCAUAUCAAACGGCCUUAGACUUGAAGCGUGUCUCACCUCCGACACUGGCCCAAGUAAAAACCGAGGAUUGCAUAACACUGGGACAAUGUUCACCUGAUUGGACCUCAUAUCGUUUUCAUCAGUCCACAUUUGAGCAGCUGAAGCAAAGCGUGGAAAAAGCAAAAGCUGCCCUACAGGAUCGAAGUUCAUUUUUUGGGGCCUCCAGUGCUUUUAGUGACAUUUAUUCCAGUCAACGUUUAAGCGAUACCCUUGAUACCUUACCUUCAGUACAGAAUACAAAUUCAGCCAAUUGCAUAGGUAUACCAGUGCACAACUCUGGAUCCGGUGCCAUUGCCCAUAGUACGCCGAGUUUAGUGCUAAAUGGCAAUUGUAUUUCCACCGUAUCUGCGGCGACAACUGGUCAACGCUAUCGCUUGGAUAGCCUACAGCCAGCAGGUUGUUCGCCACUACCGCAACAUGGUGUCAUAACCUCGAGUGCAGCACCUCCCUCGUUGACUACAUCAUCGUUGGACACCUCACAUGUUGAGAGUAAGGCGAGAGAUAAAUCAUCAUCGGUUGUUUGCUCUUCGUCCUCGGCCUCAUCAUCCAAUUCACAUCACAAUAAUAAUAAUAACAACAAUGGUGGAGCUGGUGGUGGUGGUGGCAGCAAUGACAAUCAUCGUAGCUCGGCCAACAAAUGCUUAACAGAUUCAUCGUACAAAUCCUCGUGGGGAUCCCACGGUUCAACACAGUCACAAGGAUACAGCUCAAAUGCCCUAAGCAGUGUUGGUGUAAGUGUUGGCAAAUCAUCAUUGGAUCCCCACUCACAUCUCAGGCAGCCCGAUCCAUAUCAAAUGUUUGGAGCGACCAGCAGUCGUUUAGCAAGUUCUGGUUCCGGUCAAAUCCAACUCUGGCAAUUUUUAUUAGAACUACUUUCGGACUCCAGCAAUGCCGGCUGCAUAACAUGGGAAGGCACAAAUGGUGAAUUCAAAUUGACAGAUCCCGAUGAGGUUGCUCGUCGAUGGGGUGAACGUAAAUCGAAGCCCAAUAUGAAUUAUGAUAAACUUAGCCGGGCGUUAAGAUAUUAUUACGACAAGAACAUAAUGACCAAGGUCCAUGGCAAACGUUAUGCCUACAAAUUCGAUUUCCAAGGCUUGGCUGCUGCCACCCAACCGGCUGCCAGUGAUCCCACCUACAAGUAUCAAAGUGAUUUAUUCAUGACACCAUAUCAUCAUAGCGCCAAAUUGAGCUCAUUUAUGAGUCCGCAUCAUGGCAUGACAUCGUCGUCAGCUUCCAUUUUUCCCUCGGCGGCAUCAUGGGGCAACUGGGGUAAUCACUCGAACUUGUAUCAGCCCCAUUCCAUGGGUCAUGUGACUCCUUCUCAUGUUGCUCCACACUUGAGCUCCUAUCCCCACUACGCAUGA